AUUUGAUGAAUCUCAAGAUGGCUGUCAACAUGAAAAUUAUUUUGUGUUUUUCGUGGUUAGUGGCUUUAACCACAACUGUCAAAGGUAAGAUAAACUACGCAACACUAUCACUUAAUGUCAAAAAUUCGGUUAGAUUUGCGGAAUAUCUUUAGAUUAUGCUUUAAACAGAUGUGUACUCUUAUCGCCCUUUUGUGCAAGUUUCAAAAUUCAAAGUUCAAACCAAGUAAAACCAUAGUAAAAUGUAGAAGUGUUCUUUUGUAUUUUGUCGGGUUUUGUGACGUAAUAGGACUGUAAGCACGUAGUAUAAAUCUUAUAUAUUAAAUAAGAAAUGAUCAGCGAGCUAUAUAUAAGCAAGCUUUUAAGAACAUAUGUCAAAUCAAAUAAAUGACAUUUUGACUGAUUGUUAUAAACAUUGAAUGUCUUCAGGAGCAUACGUAUUAAACAAGACGCCUGCUCAGGCGUUCACACUGGCCUCGCGGUUGGUAAAAUAUCAUUGCAAUAUUCUAAAAAAUAAUUUGAAACAUGUAGAUGUUCUUCACUUCUUGACAGCCGUCACUUCAUGAUCACAAACAUUGAGAGGAUGGCACAAUAAAAAUCCAUACAAUACCAACAGAGUUCAGCGAUAUCAAAAAUUCAAGCGCAUGCGCAAUGAAAUAUAAUAAAAUACGUCCCACAAUUACUGCGUCUAAGAUUUGUAACGUAGUUAAAUGCGAGAUUCGUUCUGUUUAACAUUGUGUACAAUUGGUCCUAAUCAGCGUGAGCAUGUUUUAGCUAAAUUGCGCAAUUCUGAGCCCACGAUGCCACAAUGGAAAGUCACACUUGCGACAACCAAAAAACCCGAAAAAAGACAGCAUUUUCAGCAAGGACAUUCUAUGACACUGGCUGCGGCCAGUGUAAUAAUAUGUAUGCACAAGCUUUCAAGCAGUCCCUGAGACUACCCUGGUUUAUGCCAUCUCUUAUUUAUUUGAUUAUGAUUUUACUCACCAAUAUUUCCUUAAAUUAAAGUUUUAAAAAUGAGAUAUGUAAACAAACCAUAGUGGAAAGUAAGCUUCUGUUGCCACAGAAGUCUGAUAUGCAAGACACCCAAAUACGCUAUUACCCUGCCGCCUCAGUAUUGCUGACGGCUGACCACAAAAUUCUGCUGCCACGUCAAUUUUGACAUUAACCUGCUGUAGGCGAUCUCUUAUUGUGCUAAUUUUUCCACUAUGGUAAACAAAUAGCCUAAUAAUUUGGACCGUAUUCAAGUCCUUUAAAUUAAUUGACCAAGACUUUCCAAAACAGUCUUUGGCCCCAAAAUGUUGCAAUAAAGAAUUCUACAACCCAGUGUGAAGAAUUAACAACCGAAGACAAGGAAGUACUUUCAACAAUAACAUUUUCACAAUAGCACUUGAUAAGCUGUUUUCAUAUUUGAUUGUGAAGUUGUUCCAUAAAAUUAAGGAGGGAGUAAUGCUACAGUAAUUUAUUGGCUUUUAGGUAUGUUGUGACAAUAGUCUUGUUCGGUUGACUUUCAAUUGAACCCACCCGGUUUGAUGCUGGUACUGUUAAACUAGAGACUCUGCCACUCUGGGUUCACUUCCUUGUUGGGACACUGGGAAGUUGACUUUUCAGCAAGUGGUUCAAUUCCAUUUGGACAACACAGGCUACUGUACUUCAGAAUUCACACAUGAAAUGACUGUGUCCACUGCCACUUUAAUUAACAAUGGUGGCAUCACUAUGAAGAAGUAGACAGUUUGAAAAUUUUCUGGGGCCUAAGGGCUAAUGGGAUGUACUGUACACUACACCUACUCCUGACUGCUAAGAUUGAGACAGUUUGGGUAUUUGAACAUGAAUUGAAAGAAUUUAAUGAUGCAUGAAAUGCAUAAUGUUGCUAAUGCAGCUACUGUAAAAAGUUCAUGUGUUGGUGAUUGAGAUAGUGCAGGAAGGACAUUUUGUCUUGCUGAUAGUUUAUAUAUUUUAAACUUUCCCCCUAUAAAUUUAAAUCCUGUUUUAAACCUAAAUAAAUGUGCAGAAACCCUUAUUACAUUUUAUAAAUAUGGUUACCACAAAACAGCCAUCGAAUAUGUACCUUAACUACACAUGGAUUUUCACAAAAAUUGCAUUCAGUGCCGUGGCCAUUUAAAAAUUGUCUAGUAAUCUACUUUUAAAUUAAUACAACUUGGUGUAUGUACAGUACACUACCGGUAUAUUGUUUUAUACAAGCAAAUCACCUGUUGUUUAAAUUAAUAAAUGAUGACUAUUCUUAAGUUCAUUUGCAUGAUUUUUGAGAAGGGACAGAUGUACUGUAAUAUGUAUUACUACUAUGUCUAGGUACUGUACAGUAAAUAUGAGAAAGGCUUCAUGCAAAUUUACAUACAGUAUACAAUAUACGUACUAAAGUUAUGAGGUACAAACCACUGGUUAAGUCAUUCAAGUACUAGGUAAAUUGUUUAACUUGGCCAUCUACUACAAUGGGUUUGAUCUUGUAGCUCAGUUUGGUAGGUGUUCAGGGCUCAAAGUAGAGAAAGGAAUAUGGCCUGCUUUUUGCCAUUGGCAUCCCGCUAUUUUGAACCCUGUAUGUGUUGGGACUGUCGUCAUUGCAAGCAUUUUUUUCAGGUUACUGUAUGUUGGGUGCAGCUGCAACUUAUGCAUUGAUGGCAUGAUGGCAUCACUGCUUGGACCUGAUAACACAAUCACUGCUAUUAAUAUCUGAGACAGGAACAAAUCCCUUAUUGAUACUGGAUUGAAUGAUCAGUCAAUAAUAUGUAAUUUAGUUGCAAGGCAUUAGGAAGUAGGAAGACAUGUUUCUGGAAAAUGGGUGCUGUUGUCCAAUAACAUUUUAUUUUCCCUAUGACAUUCUUAAUAUUUUGUUCACAUAUCCUGAUUGCAAAAUCUACCAUAUGAUGAUGUACCUUGCUCAGUCCUAAUCACUGGGUGACCCUCAAUGAAAGCCUUGGAGAAUUGGUUCAUUCCAGAAAAGAUCCAGUCCAAUUAGGGACAUUUUGAAAUAUUGGGGGUGGAAUUUAGGUUGCCACCAUAUCACUACCGUUUUGGUGGGAAUCUCAGUCUUUGUAGUAUUAUUGUUACAGCUUUGGUACACAGUUACUGUAUUUUGCUCUACCUUUCAAAAGUUCUUGGAAAGGGAAAGGGGGGGGGGGGGGGCAAUGACUUCCGAUUUUUCUGUGGUCCCUGGGAGGUGUUUUGUGGAAUUUUAUAAUCAUUCAUUUGAUAUUUAAAGAGAAGUUUAAUUAUAAAAUAAAACUGGGACAUACAAAAAAUAUUAUUUUAGUGCUGAAGGUGAAAAAGAAAUGCAUAAAUUAACUGAAACGUGAAUAAAUUAACUGAAACGUGAAAUUAACAAUCUUAGUGCGCUUAACGUCUCUUGUCUGUAAUUAAACCUAAAUUGAAUGAUCUUUCAAAAGGGUGAUUUGCACCUAUUACAAUGUAUAAAGUAACUAAGGCCAUCUAAAUUACGUGCUGUAAUUUUAAACCAACCUGGAAGAUAACCAGGAUGUAUUGCUGUUAUUCGUACGACUCGUAUUAUCCACCUUUUCUGUUGCUUUUGCAAAACAUCAAAUUUCCCUUUCGAAUUUCACUAUAUAUGUUUUCAUUAAAACGAAAUUUUGAUGUUAUGGACAACAAAACGUAAGUUUUAGAGUCGUUAUGUUCUUCUUUGUAAAAAUCGUCUUCAAAACGGAUCGAAAUACAAUUGACCUAAUUUCUAUGACUUGGACAAUUUGGUAUAUACUGUAGGUGUCGCCUCUUUAAUAAGUGCUUCUGGAAGGUAGACGGUUGGCGAUUAUAAGUGAUAUGAUAGUUAAUUUAUCCUGCGGUAUAAAAAUCUGAAAUUUCCAUCAAAGGUGUCACCCUGUAUUGCCUGUAGGUAUGCUGGAAUCCGGAAUUCCGAAGACCGGUGAAUGUAAAUGAAUGCAGCUUGAGUUGUUUUGUUAUUUCGUAGAUGUACACUAAUUUUUUAUCUAGGCAAAAAAAAGUAAAUUCCCGUAAAUAACUUAUUGAAAUUAGUAAAAUUGCAAAAUUUGGUUACGAAGUGUUGUAAAAUACGGAAAAUAUAGCCUUGCGAAGUUUGCAUAUUUUGUAUAUGUUUGUAUUACGUGCGGAAAUUGUUACCAUUUUUGAGCCGAAAAUGGUAACAAUUUCCACGCGUAAUACAAACAUAUACAAAAUUUGCAAACUUUGCAAGACUAUAUUUUCCAAGCUUUACAACAUUUCGCAACCAAAUUUUGCAAUUUUACUAACUUCACUGUGUUCUUUUUAGCUGUGGUGUUUGAUUCCCUUCUCUUUACUUAGUCUUAGAGUAAAAUUUAGUCUAACAUGCAAGUUGUCCAUGCAUUACCUGUAGUAUAGAGGAGAUUUUUCUGGGUUUUUUGACGAUUGCUCUGGAAUGCGGAACUUAUGAUAUUUAAUUAUUGCCAUAGGAUAUACAUCAUGUGGUGAAAUACAAAAUGCUAAGGAAAAUAGAUCCUCCGGUCUGUACAAUAUUGAGAUUGGCGGUAAAGACGUUCCGGUUUCUUGUAACCUGACAUCGCAACCUGCUGUAACGGUCAUUCUCGUUGACGAUGUCGUGAAAGUACCAAAGCCUGGUUCCCAUGGCAGUCCUAAGUCUUUUUUGCAUAAUGUUAACUAUGGAGCCUUGUCAGCUGAUGACAUUAGAGCAUUCAUUGAAGAACGUGAGAGUUGUAAGCAGUAUGUAUCCUACAAGUGUAGCAAUGCUACAUUAUUUGGUAAUAAGCAGUCUUCCCUUUCUUCGUGGACUUCCGUAAACGAUAGUCCUAAGGAGUAUUGGGCUAACUGCAGUUUUUCUGAUAAAACAUGUCAGUGUGAUCAGGGGAAAAGCAUGUCCGAGGAAGAUGCUGGGUAUUUGACAAAGAAAAAAGAUCUACCUGUAAAAGCUCUACAAAUCGGUGGUCUGUCGUCUGGCUCGAAUGUUUCAGUCAUGAUUGGGGAUAUCGUGUGCUAUGGAGGUUGGUUUAAGUGUUUGGUAUACAGCUAAUUCAAAAAAGGUUAUCCUUUACAAACCAUAAUGGGAGCUUCAUUUAAUCAGUUUAGAAAUCAUAUAUGAGGCCCAUUUCUUAGAGACAUAUAUGUUAUUUACCGGUUUUCCGGACCGACGCUGCCGGUAAAUAACGUGUUUAUUUUUUAUCAGAUGUAAAAAUUAAAUUGAUUAAAAUUCCAGUGUUGCUUGCGAACUAAUUUGAGAUCAGUGCAGUUGUGUAUUUUCAAAGCGAGGCUGACAAAAAUUGAAAACAAUGAAAAGUUAAAAGAUAUAAAACACGAAUACGAAAACUCGAGAAAACUGCCAAGAAACACACAAAAAGACGUAUAGUUUCAGUAAAAAUGUACAUGCUUUUUCAUGAAUAUGGUAGCAGAGAAGCUUUGGAAUAAAAUCUUUUAUGCCUGGCGUUUUGGCUUUGGCUUUGACAAGUUGCUCCUGACAACGACAGGUUCAUGUUCAGAUCCGAUCAAAAACAUAUAAAAAUAAAUCUGUUUUGAUUUAAUUAACGUUUUUCUACUGAAAGGACAAUGAAAAAGGUAUGUUAUUUUUAUAUUUUUGUAUUUUUUCUUGUCGUUUCACGAUAAUAUGCUUGAAAAAAGUGUUUUUAAAUAACAAACUUUUACUUUGUUUACAAUAUUUAUAUCAGUGAAAAAUACAUGAUACAAAUGGGUAGAGAAUAUAUCGUGAGUUGUUUUCACUGCUGCCGUUAAACCUUCUUUUAAAUGGGAAAACAUUUAUUUUACAAUAUCUGUUUAAGCUGUAUUUUUUUCGCUUUUAAGUGGCCGAAUACAUGAGCAUUUAAAAAAUAUAUAGUUUUCUCGACGUAUAUUAAAGUUUUAUACAUGUCAACUACUUUCCGACUUUCAGUCGCAUUUCUAUCAAAGUAUUGCCAAUUCUCGUGAACAUCGUGCUUAGUAUGAAGCCUUUAGGGCUUGAUGCAAUUCAUUUUUGUAUUCUGACUAUCGUUAGGCUAUGUUUUUCAAACGUUUUUGGCAGAUUUUUUCGUUUAAAAAUUGUUUCACUCCUCAGUUUUUGCCGCGAAAACCAGAGCGGGCAGUUGCAUUUCACAGCGGGCAGUUGCGUUUCAGAGCGGGCCGGAUGCAAAAAACCGGCCCGCUCUGAAAGGCUCCUCAGCCAAUCAGAUUGCUUCAUUUUCACUGAUAAAAAAUAAAUUGUAAUAUCUCCUUACAAGAACAAUUCAUUUACAAAUAUAGCUGCAAUAGUUAACUACUAAGCUAGAAACUUGUGCUCCCAUUAAGCUUUGCGUGAAAAUGACCUCGCCCUGAAACGGCAGUGUCGACAUGUAGCUCUAACUUCCGAAAAGGAAAAGCGAUAGCCUUUCUGAAAUGCUUAUAGCACUUGUUUAGAAGGGUUACUUUUAGGGGUGGUCAUUGGAAGGAAAAAUUUGUCUAAGUAUAAUAUUUUACAUUUACAAGAAAGUGACCAUGCACCACCCCAGGUAAAUUGCUAAUUAUGCAUAAAAUAACUAAUAUUCCUAGCAGAAAUUAAAUUUUCUUAUUUCCUAAAAAUUAUUAUGGGAUGAAAAACUAUGCUUAAUUUAACAUAAUAAUUGUGGAUUUCAUAAGGAUUGUCAUUGUUUUCUUUAAAUAUAAUACGUUUUAAAUCACUUACCUCCCACGAAAACACGGGGGGGGGGGUGAAUAUUAUCACGAAACGUUUGUUCGCCACCACAGCUACCUAACUUAUUUACUAAAUAUAUUUGACUUUUAAAUUACUUCUUUUGGGUUCUGACACGACAAGUGUUAUGGGAGGUUUUUUCCUUUCAAGUGCAACUAAUGAUUUCAAUUUUUGUCUUCAGAAAGGCUAUCACUUUUCCUUUUCGGAAUUUAGAGCUAUGUCGACACUGCCGUUUCAGGGCGGGGUCAUUUUCAGGACUUUCAUCCCGGAUUCAGGUUUUGGCACAUAUGCCAUGUUGACCGCCAUAGUCAUUUUACCCUAAAACAGUUGAGAUUACUAUAUACAGGUCGUAGACUAAUACAGUAGUUGAGGCUGCCAGCCGGACUCGCCUGUUCUUAGACGCCUUUUAAAAUUAACUUCUGUACAUUUAUCUCAUGAAAGAAAGUUACUUUUCUUUUUUAGACAGUCAAAAAGGUGCGUUUACAUUUGAAGAUCGAAAUGCGUUUGUUUCUCUCAAUGUUUCUUCAAUGAAAGAACUGAAGUUCAAGCUUAAGUUGUUGAACUCUGACAAAAAUAAUACCAUUGCCAGCAUUCGAAUAAACGAAAAAGAUUUGAAGGUAGGUAAGGUCUUUUCAGUUGUGCAACUUAGUCCUUGCACCAUACAUUGCAUUGCCUUGCAAUGGACCUAUUCCCUAAUGAGCAAAAUUUUGAUCUAGACAAGUCUAGACAAAAAUGUAAAAUGCGGAUAAUAUAGCCCUGCGAAGUUUGCCGUGUUUUAGUUAUUUUGUAUUACGCACUGGAAAUUGAUACCGCUUUCUGAAUUAUUGCAGAAUUAUUUACCACAAUGACGCAGUUGAAAUUGUAUUAUUUUAAUUUAAAUUCUUCAAUGAAUAAUUAUUAACUACCAAUCACCAAUGAGUCAUUCCAGAAAAGAUAAACACUAACUCCACAGAAAGAAAUUGUGCUGUCUGAAGCGGGAUGGGGCAGAACUCAACUGCUGAUAAUAGUAAAAGUAUUAGGAUGAACCUCCCAUCUCUUCCAUUAUAGGCGUGGAUAUUCUCUUGAAUGACCCAAUCAUUUUUAACUAACUGUAUGAUCAAGUUAUUAUGGUAUAAUUAUCACUUCGUAGUCCCAUGAGCUGUGACAUCACUUUGGCUGUUUGGCAUUUUGAUCUCUCUUCAAUUUUCUUUUGGUAGCGAUAACAGAUUAACUACUACAGAUACUGUAUUACUACACAUUGUUACACCCAAAUAAGAUCAUACACAUCAAUGUAACUAUAUGCAUGAUAUACUGUAAUACAGCUGUUACAGCAAGAACAUUUCGCUUCAGUUCUUGUAUAUCACUUUGAUGUCUGUAAUAGAAAUGAGAAAUAAAGUUACUUCGUUUAUGAUUGUUUUAUUCUAUGGUGCAUGUGAAAUUGUUUCAUGUGCAUUUCAAAAUAAAUUACAAUGGGUGCAAACUGUAGGUUCUGUCCUGUUUUUUCAGACCACCACCCCUACUUUGAACGUUACAGCUCUGGCUUGAAACUGUUUGUAGCUCUGGUGCACCACUACUCUUGUAUAUAUCUGAAUUAACCCAUUAAGCGCCAGUCCUCUCCCCAAUUGAUGAGUAAAAUUAUCUGGUGUUAGACAGAGUAAAAUAAUUUGCCGUUAGACUGAGUAAAAUAAUAAAGUAGGGCGCAAUGCGACUCAAUGGGUUAACUAGACACAUAGCCUAGUUAACCCAUUAAGCGCCAGCACUCUCCGUUUGACGUGUAAAAUUAUCUGGCGUCAGACAUAGUAAAAUAAUAAAGUAGGGCGCAAUGCGACUCAAUGGGUUAAGAGGUAAUUUCUGAGUGAAGGAGGUUCUUUGUUUGGAGAUUUUUAUGAGGCAUAGAGGUUGCCCCAUACCAGCACUCAAGGUAAUGCCAAUGCAAGAAUGCUACAAGCAUAAAUCAUGCAAAUUUGGGUAUGCAUGCAAGUUGAUGAUGGCUCGGUGCUGACUGAAAUGUAGUGCACAACUACAAAAAAGCCUAACUACACAGCCAGUUGGUAAAUGCUGAUACAAAACCUAGCAAGACUAGCAGUUUAUAAUAUUUGUGAAGGAUACAACACAGUUUGAGUUUAUACUGUAUAGUCUAGUGCUAUAAUUGCUCUUUAUAAAACAAAAAAACUAUAGAUUGUAUGAGCUGCUGUUUAAACUAAUAAACUGGCACUAAAAACAAAAGCCAGUGCCUGAAACUAAAAACAAAUUGUAUGUACACAAUGUAUAAAUAACCAUGUACAACGUUUUUUAUGUCUGCUCCCGAAAUAUUGGUGUAAAUAUAAAAUAUAAGUGUUUGACAAAUAUAUAUUUAUACCUUGAUUUAUACGCAUAUCGGCCCUUGAUUUUACCAAUCGAGAAUUAGUCGAAUAAAAAGGUAUAAAAACUUAACAGUUUCACAAACUAUCAAAACUAUUUAUCAGUUUCUUACCUGUCAGAAGAAAUAUUCUUCCUUUUAAAGUCUUUACAGCGAAUUUUUGCAUCCACAAGCGGAGAAAAACGGCAUGAUUUUGUCUCGAAAACAUAAAAUAUUUGUGCAAAAACAGCAGGGCGAAGGCACAGAAUAAGGGGCGAAGGUCUUUGUCGGAUGCUUAGGAUCGCAGACCUUGUACAUUACGCAUCUUUGUUCUGAACCAAUUUUCUGCACAUCAUGUCUGUUUUGCUUGUCAAUUACCCCUUACAAAAAUUUCACAUAACAUUUCAUAUAUGAAAAUUUCAUAUAUUAAAUCGUUAUAUGGAAUUGAAACAAAUUUCAUAUAUGAAAUAUUUCAUAUAUGAAAUAUUUCAUAUAUGAAAUUUUCAUAUAUGAAAUUGUUUCAAUUCCAUAUAAAGAUUUCAUAUAUGAAAUAUUUCAUAUAUGAAAUUUUCAUAUAUGAAAUUGUUUCAAUUCCACAUAAAGAUUUCAUAUAUGAAAUAUUUCAUAUAUGAAAUUGUUUCAAUUCCACAUAAAGAUUUCAUAUAUGAAAUAUUUCAUAUAUGAAAUUUUCAUAUAUGAAAUUGUUUCAAUUCCACAUAUAGAGAUUUCAUAUAUGAAAUAUUUCACAUAUGAAAUUUUCAUAUACGAAAUUGUUUCAGUUCCACCUAAAGAUUUCAUAUAUCAAAUAUUUCAUAUAUGAAAUUCCACAUUAAGAUUUCAUCUAUGAAAUUCUCACAUGCGUCAAAUGUUCAAAUAUUAAGUUUUAUGCAUUGAAAUUAAGCGAGUCAGGGGAAGUUUAUGUGACCCCACCCGAGAUUAAACAAAGCGAGCAAUGGCUUUGAGGUAUUGAAAUAAGUCCUUAUGAAACCAGACAAGCACAUGCUAACAACAGACUAAAUAUAGAUCAAUGCAAAAAAUAUAUUUGCAAGAAUUAGUGCUCAACAAUUACAUUUUGCCCAUUUGUUGAUUUUUCUACAGAACAAAAUCCAAAGCCAGCUGGAUCAUGUUAUUUUUCCUUAUCAUUAACAAAUGACUUAUUUCAAUAUCUCAAAAUCAUUGCACGCUUCGUUUAAUCUUGUGUAAGCGGGAUCAUAUGAACUGCCCCUCAGAAAAAUCGACCUAAAUAAGAAAGUUACGUGCUAUGCAGGUUUGAUGUACCACAUCAGACACUAGUUUAUUCGAAAUAUACAAAUUACAAAAUAAUAAAAACUUAAUUACAAUAUACAUAUAUUUACUCUCGGUUACAAAAAAUAUCCCAAAUUUUGUGUGAUUUCGAGGAAAUUAUCCAUUUGGGACAUUUUUUGAUACACCCUGUAUAUGCAUUACUCAACUAAAAGCAUGAAGAAAUAAAAAAUCAGGGGUGGGUUACCAGUAACACCAUGCAGGGACAAGACCAAAGAUUAAAAUUAAGAAAUGCAUAUAAUAUCAUUACUAAAAUAUUAAAAACAAAUACUGUAUGUUUGUGUUCUCUUAACAGUUCUCCUGCUUCUCCAGUUCACAUUGAAUCUUUUACUUGCAUUCUUAGUUAAUUUCGAAAAAUUCUUGGGCCUAUCCACCUCAGUUAAGGCAUUUGCUGUCAGCAUGGACUAAUAAAGAAAUUAUAUGGUUUAUAAUACAGUAAAAUUAAUAUACAUUGUAAGAUCAGCUGCAGUCAAGCCUGUACUGUUUCAGUCAGUCACUCUCCACAUGUCAUACGACUAAAUCGUUAGACAGAGUAAAAUAAUACUUAAAGCAGGGCACAUUUGCACAAUGCAACUGAAUGGAUUAACUAGAUUAUUAGACAUAUGGGCAGAAAGGCCAGUUAAGUUACUGUACCGGUACCUAUUAAAUGCCAGAGCUCCCCCCUUGACGAGUAAAUUGUCUGGCAGUAGACAGAGUAAAAUAAUAAAGCAGGGCGCAUCGGUGCAAUGCAACUCAAUGGAUUUACUAGACACAUGGGAAGAUAGGCCAGUUAACCCACCAGAGCUCUCCCCUUGAUGAGUAAAUCGUCUGGUAUUAGACAGAGUAAAAUAAUAAAGCAGGGCACAUCAGGAUGCAAUGUGUUAACUUAUAUCACAAAGAAAAAUAUCAGUAAACAUACAUGCUUGCCUGUCUUGUUUUGGUGGGUCUGCCGGUCUCCUUGCUUGCCUGUCUUGUUUUGGUGGGUCUGCCGGUCUCCCAGUGCAUGUGAAAAGGAAGCCAUUAUACAUCUGAGGGUUAACUAUAAAAGGGUACAAAUGGUGCAUAUAUUAAAUAAGUAUGUUGAAUACGAAUAUACUGUACAGUCAUACCAACACUCUCCCCUUAACAAGUAAAGUCGUUCGGCAUUUCAAGACAAAGAAACAUAACAAAUAACUAGGGAUGCAAUGGAUAUCAUAUCUGGCCAGAUAUUGAGAUUUUACUCUGUUACAUGGCCACCCUAUACUGGGUAUUAUUUACAUAAGGUUCAGGCCUUCAAGAUUUACAUUUACUGCAGGUUAGAUGAUUUGAUUAGGUUAGAUGAUUUGAUUAGGUUAGAUGAUUUGAUUAGGUUAGAUGAUUUGAUCAGGUUAAAAAAGUAGGGGUGGUUAUCAUAUUUUUAUUCAAUGAUUGAUAACAGGAAUGCUUGUAAACAUAAUUUUCAAGAUUUUAUAUGUUUGUUUGUAAAUGCAGAUUUGACCUUUGACACUCAGAUGCGCAAUGGUAAAUGCCUAAUAAAUACUUCUAUUUAGAUUCGACUUAAUGGCAAAUCUGAACUCUUUGUUGAUGUCACGAAGUUCAGUAAACUUGAUGAAGAAUGGCAUAGCAUUGUGCUGUCUGUGGAAGGCCCAACAAUUUACGCUGCUGUUGACGGUGUGAGGAAACCCAUAUUUGAAAUUACACUACCUGUUAAUGUGGGACCUAAGCUUAUACUGGGUAGUCCAGAACGGUGUAAUACUUUCAUUGGAUGUGUUAAAGAUUUGGUAUGUAUAAUAUGUAUGUUGAAUAUAUUUGUUGUUAAAAUGUUUAAAACCGUUGGCGUAUGACUCUUAUCAUUUAUAGACCCUCCGCUCGGGGAAUUCGGCGAAAUAUUACCCUCAGUGAUAAUAUUAAAUAUCGUCACUGAAGGUAAUAUUUUGACGAAUCCCUCGAACGGAGUGUUUAUAAAUGAUAUAUUAUACCGAAAGUUAAAGAACCCAUUAAGUUGAGAAUAAACUUGCUGAAUAAUUAAGCACCUGAGUUUUUGGACGUUUUCUCUUUAAAAUAUUUGAACCUGUAUACUUUGGAUCAUUGAAGGUAACAUACCUCUUCAAAAUCUUUAGUUAACUCAAAUCUUUUGUACGCUGGAAAUUACAAACAAACAACAGUAACAAACGCCAUAUUGUUUCAGCGCGUGGUGUCCACGUGUUGAGCGUGAUAUACUAUAGUAUCCCACGGUAGAUCCACCGUGGGAUAUUAUAGUAUCUCACGCUACGUUGCGAAGUCAUGAAUUUGAGUGAAAUACCGUAAAAAUCACAUUGUCACGUGGUACAAAUACUUUUUCUUGAUUGGACAAUUUGAAUUUGAGGUAUAAUAUUAAAAUGUACAUAUCUAUCAAUGUAUUCAUGAGUCAUGGCUAUACGACUCGUUCAAUUUCGCCCUUCGUCACAAUAGUUUCGUUUGGAAAAAAGGGUAAUUGACACAGAAGUUCUUGCUUUAUUACCACUUUUUCAAUUUUAUAGAAACACUUUGUUACAAGUGUAUUCUAAAAAUUUAGUGACGUUAAGAAGGGGAGGUACAUAAAUUUUGCGCACCUCCCCUCAAAAUUCAGCCAUGGUGUAUGACUUACUGUACAUAUAAAUUUAACAUGAGUUGGUUUGGGGGUAUUAUCCAAACCUUUUUGGUUUUACGCUUUGGCGCAGGGGUCGGUAAAGUUGUGACCGACGGUCGCAGGGAACAUCAGAAUUGAAACAAGUUCCUUGCAGGCACAUUUUCUCCAGUGCUUUUAGAAACAGAAAAUAUAAUAUGUAGAAUUUGACCAUCAUGUCUUUUUUUAUAGUUCUUAUUUUAAAAUUUCUUUUGCUAUGAAAUAUGAAUUCUUAAUCUGUUACAACUGGUAAAACCUUUUGUUAACUGACAACACCUAAAUUUCGGUUCAUCGUUUUUGUAUCUGCGAAGCAGAUAUAUUGCUGUCGCAAACGUGCCGUUAAUGUUACCCAUAGCCAUUCAGCGACGAGCUUAUAUAAUUGAGCCAAUUCAUGAUAAUUUAAGCCAAUCAGCGAUUAGUUUACAUCAAUUGUUUACAUCGUGCCCGCAUCUAACCUGCGAACGGGCAUCGUUUGGCCAUCUGUGGUUUGGCCUUGGGAUUCGUGAAUAUUCUUUGUCAUUUUCACAUUUUGGCUUCAAAAAUAUCUUGAUUUUAAUCUUGAAUUGGCCGUCUUGUUUUCACAAUUCUACUUGCGAUAUUAUUCCUAAGUUAUCUAUCAACAUGGGAACUUAUCCUCAUCUGGUAAGUAGUCAAAUACCACAUAUUUUAUUAUCUACAUCUAUACAGUAUUAAAAACAAUCAUUGUGUCAAAACAUAGCAGGCAAUAUUGCCAAUGAACAAUAUCACAGGAAACUAAUGUUCUCAGAUAUUGAAUUAAACCUGGUCCUGUAUUUCUGUAACUCUGUUCAAAACAGCAGUCCAACUAAGCUGUUGUCUAAUGUAGUGUUAGAGCAAAGGUUAAGAUGUUAUCAGUUAAAAUACUAAUUAUACAUUUUGGUUUAUAGACUAUUAGAGUUUCAAAAUUAAACAAAAUUUUUACAAACAUUUUCAAAUGCUAAUAAAAGGAUCCCCACCCUCCCUCCUCAUUACAUUGUCAUUUUGCUUUCUAACAUAAAUGUUUUUGUUUAGAGAUUAAUACAAGAAUGAUGAAUAAGCUGGAUAUUGGCUAGAUAAUUUUGUCAGAACAACCCACUUGCAUUAGUAUGAAAAAUAACUUAACAGCUACAAUAAUCAUAUAUGGAUGGAUCAAAUCAAUGGUACACAAUGUACAAAACUAAACUUGUGAUACCUUUAUUCAAACCGAUAUUUUCCCACAACAAAAAUUGUUUUUGUGUGGGUAUGUUGUGUUAAAGUGAACAAUGACAUGUGGUAUAUCAUUAACUGUGCACAGGAUUGGAAUUGAAUUAAUAUAUACUUCACUCAUGACCUUCAAAACAUUCUCUACUAUUCAUUGGUCUUCAAUCUAUUAUUGACUCUUUGCUACAGUAAUGCAUGUUUGUGUAUGUUACUCAACAGUUAACAUUGGCAAGUGUAAACAGAACUUUUGCUUCAUCUGAUUUCAAAAGUUUUGAAAAUUCAUGGUUUGACAAGUGACGGUUUACUUAUUACUAAAUAGCCGGCUGUUGGCUGUAUAGACACUUCAAAUAUUGUUUGCAUGAAAUUUUUAUUUCUUGACUGCAUAAUUAUCCAUUAAAAUCAUAAUUGGCGGGGGGAAUUGUCCUUGCUGCCCUCUGCUAAAGUCUUAUUUGCUAUUGUGUUUAUUAUAAUAAGUGAUGAAAUAUUUCAAUUGUCCCAUGUCAUCUUCAUUAUUCAGUUCCUUUCAAGAAAAUACAAAAUGUGAAUCACAGUUUUUCACAGAUACAUGUACGCAUUGCGUACCUAUUUUUCACGAACGUCUGGAGUCUGGACAUACCCAGCUUCAAUCAUUUGAAGUUCCUAAACGUCAGAUGAUCAAAAGUUAAAAGAAAAGUCAAGACUUUAGUUUUAUUAUUGAAUGUAGUUAAUUUUAAUAAAUUGGAGAAAAUUCUCGGGUCAUAACGGACGAAAUCGAGUUACCCAGUAAUAUGGUAAUUUGUAGCCCAUUACGUCUUGAUUUGCGGUAGCAUUUUUCAUACACAGUCAGAUAUUUUGCAGGCACAUUUUAAAUAUUUUGGCGGUCCCAGGUACACAAAAAGGUUAUCGACUUAUGCGUGACGGAGGGGGGAUGUAUGAAAUUUAAAGAAAUUAUUUUGAAUGCAAUCCUAAUCGGACAGCAUGUUGUAUUGUUUCUAGACUGUUGAUGGUCAAGACUACACUAAGAUGAUAACAGAGGCCAAAGUGAAGGAAUUCGUAAAGAAAGGUUGUUCAGCAAAACCCCAGGAAGUACAGUGUAGUAAUCCGACGGUCCAAGUUGAUCCGAUCGUUGAUCCCACAGUAACUACGAAUCCCACUGCUAGUCAUUCUGCUAGUGUUAAUUCUAAUGGUCAUGGGAAGAACAAUAACACAGGCAACGAUGAUGAUGAUGAUGGUGGUGGUGGUAACGACGAUUCGGCGAUUAUAGCGAUUGUGGUGGUGUUCCUGAUAUUACUCAUCAUAUUAAUUGUGGUGUUCUUCAUCACCUGGUAUCUGAAACGUAACAAGGGUGUGUACCAAACACACGAGGGAUCUGCAGAAAACAUUCACGGGGAUACUGACAAUUUAACACUAGUUACCAAACCUUGUGACCAAGAACCAGAGGGCGACAAAGGCAAAGAGUACUACCUUUAGAUAAACAUGACAUAGACAGACCUGGGAAAAGUGGGGUCUUGAGAUCCUGUAUUCUGGCGAACCUUUUCCUCGAGCCUGUUUUCCUCGUCAACCGUAUCAUAACGAAAUGUUGCGUAUUUCUUUUUUCAUGAGCAGUAGAGUAGAACCAUAGAAUAAGAAAUGAAUAGAAGGGCAACUCGCGCGUACAACGCGUAACCAAUUUCAGUGCGCACGCGCGGGAUCUCUCAAGCUCGCAGCCAGUAAAGCCAGUCAGUGCAAUAGGGAUUUGUAUUACGAAAUGUACAUUUUGAUCACAAAAUCGACUAUUUUUCGGAAACAAAGGAUUGGAAUAUCAAACUACUACAACUGCCUGCAGAGGCAAUGUAAGCCUAAAUUAUUAUUGUGGCUAGCAUAGAAAGAAACGAAUAUUUAGGGAGAAAUUUGAUAUUGUUGUGUGAGCUACAGUCUGAAUCUGAAUGAAAUGCUGACAGCCAAUCGCGUAUACUGUGUUAUUUAUUUCGAUUUUCGAGGUUUAUGUCAAAUCUUAUCAGGACAGGUUUUGGAUUGCAUCAAAUUUUAUUUAAAAAAGUAUAAAUUUCAAAGUCGCGAGCAAUUAAUCAAAUUUAUUUCGUGUGGGAAGUUGUCUGUCUGUGUCUGACAUGUUGAACUACAAAUACAAACAAUAUCAGAAAAUGAUGUUAUUUAUUUAUGUAAUUAAAAUAUCAUGAUUAUGAAUUAACAUUCAUUCCUAUUACUACAAUAUUACUUCGAAGACAUAGAAUUUUUCCAAUAAAUAAACCAAACCAGCAUAUGUUAAUAUACUGUACUUUAUACUUUGUAAGUAAACAACAUGUGUUUAUACGUUUAAAUUUCGCAUUUAGCAAUUCUUUAACAGCUCAUAACCAACAGAAAUGUAUUCACUAACCUUCAAAUUACAACCAGCGGCCGUGGUUUGUAAUUUGAAUCGUUCGUUUGCGAAAAAUAGUCGAUUUAUUCAGCCAAAUGGCUAUUCUGCAAUACAAAUCUCUAAUAAAUCGACUGGCUUAACUGGCUGCGAGUAAUUAGAGCGGGCAAUUUCCGGUAUGCGCGAGGCGACAUGCGCGGCUUCAAAAACUUCAAAGGUUCCGACUCAAGUUGCCCUUCUAUUCAUUUCUUAUUCUAUGGUAGAAUUAAUGGCAUUAUUACUAAAAUCGCGAUUCCUUCCUCUCAUCCGAAAAAACGUCUCAAUACAAUCAGGAAUGCGAUCACAUUCCUACUGCUAAGAUAUCUACGACAUAACUGUUAAUAGCUAAUUUCAGGACAAUUUCCCGCAGUCCAAUCAGAUGUAGAUUUCACGAAUUAGUCGUAUUCCUGAAUAUUUCGACACGAAAACAUGAAGGAAGGAUCCGGGUUUUUGGUAAUAGCUUACGAUACGAGUACAGUGGGAAACAGGCUUUAGCAUGAAGACUGAGGAACAUUUUUAAUUUUCGCUUAAAAGACGAAGCUUAAGGAAUCACACUAGAUUUGUUCAUUGUUCAUAAUGUUUUCGCGAACUUCUAACUAAAUUUGGCAAACACAGGGUCGAAGGAACAUUUUAGGUACCUUUUUCUGGGUCUAGUCAUGGUGGAUGAGCAGGCGAUGCGAACGUUUGCCGACUUCAUAAACUGAACAUUUUUAAUUUGUAUAAAGUAUAAUGCGGUCUUGAUUGUGUAUGUAUAUUGUGAUAUAUUUGUCGGAGCGCACCUUCAAGUGUCCUAAUUAAAGUGUCUUAAUAAAAAAGUGAUAUGACUGAU